CCGUGCACACGCUCUCUCGCUCUCCUCCGAGGGGCUGGAUUCCACUGUCAACGGGAAACGGAAAAGCCUAACAAUUCUGAGAGUGCAGUUUAACAGGAUGAACAACAGUUUCAUAAGCAUGGCGUCGAUAGGUGACUUCGACCCACUCAACGCUACUAUUCCUGCAACUAAAGUUGAAAUCACGGUGUCCUGCAGGAAUUUGCUGGACAGGGACACCUUCUCCAAAUCAGACCCAAUUUGCGUUCUCUACACACAAGGCAUGGGCAACAAGGAGUGGAGAGAGUUCGGGAGGACAGAGGUGAUUGACAACACACUAAACCCAGACUUUGUGGGGAAAUUCAUUUUGGACUACUUCUUUGAAGAACGUCAGAACCUCAGGUUUGACUUGUAUGAUGUUGAUUCAAAGAGUGCCAACCUGUCAAAACAUGACUUUCUGGGUCAGGCCUACUGUACGCUUGGAGAGGUGGUUGGAUCAUUGGGCAGUCGCUUGGAAAAAGCCCUAGGAGGCAUUCCAGGGAAGAAAUGUGGGACUAUUAUUGUGAAAGCAGAGGAGCUGAACAACUGCAGGGAAUCAGUGAUGAUGCAGUUCUGUGGUAAUAAGUUGGACAAAAAGGAUUUCUUUGGCAAGUCGGACCCCUUUCUGGUCUUCUAUAGAAGCAACGAGGAUGGCACGUUUACCAUCUGCCACAAGACAGAGGUGGUGAAGAACACAUUGAACCCAGUGUGGCAGGCCUUUAAGAUUCCUGUCCGAGCUCUUUGCAAUGGUGAUUAUGACAGAACAAUCAAGGUUGAGGUGUACGACUGGGACAGAGAUGGCAGUCAUGACUUUAUUGGAGAGUUCAGCACCAGCUACAGAGAGCUAUCCGGAGGGCAGAGCCAGUUCAAUGUCUAUGAGGUGGUAAAUCCAAAGAAAAAAGGAAAGAAGAAAAAAUACCUCAACUCUGGAACGGUGACACUGCUGUCAUUCCUGGUGGACAUUGAAGUCACCUUCUUGGACUACAUCAAAGGAGGGACCCAGAUUAACUUCACUGUGGCCAUUGAUUUCACAGCUUCCAAUGGUAACCCAGCCCAACCCACCUCACUCCACUACAUGAGUCCCUACCAGCUGAAUACCUAUGCCAUGGCCCUGAAGGCAGUAGGGGAGAUCAUCCAGGAUUAUGACAGCGAUAAGAUGUUCCCUGCACUGGGCUUUGGAGCUAAGUUGCCACCAGAUGGACGGGUCUCCCACGAGUUUGCGUUGAAUGGAAGUCCUCAGAACCCAUACUGUGCAGGUAUUGACGGUGUGAUGGAAGCCUACUACCAGAGUCUGAAGUCAGUUCAGCUCUAUGGACCCACCAACUUCUCCCCUGUCAUCAACCAUGUGGCCAGGUAUGCAGCUUCAGUGAAGGACGGCUCCCAGUACUUUGUGCUCCUCAUCAUCACAGAUGGUGUUAUCUCAGAUAUGGCCCAGACUAAGGAGUCUAUUGUCAAUGCCUCCUGUCUGCCAAUGUCAAUCAUCAUUGUGGGAGUAGGGCCUGCAGAGUUUGAUGCCAUGAUUGAGUUGGAUGGUGAUGAAGUUAGAAUCUCAUCCAGAGGAAGAUAUGCUGAGAGGGACAUUGUUCAGUUUGUCCCAUUCAGGGACUAUAUUGACCGGACUGGAAACCACAUCCUGAGCAUGGCGCGGCUCGCCAAAGACGUCUUGGCUGAGAUUCCUGACCAGUUCCUCUCCUACAUGAGGACCCGUGGGAUUAAGCCGUUGCCGGCACCACCUCCCUACACACCACCGGGCCAACCAAUCCACACCCAGAUAUGAGGAGCAAGGAGGAGAAAGGUUUUGGAGUCAGGGGUUAGUUUAUCUGACAUAGUGCGUGAAAUACUUCCAUUUACUUAAAACCACUCUCCAUGCCCUUUUUGUCAUGGAUCACAGUGGUCUUUAUCGUGUUCAGGAAGCUGCAUGUCGGGCCAGGAGAGUGACACUUUUGUGGACAGGAAAAGCCAACAAGAGUCUGUUUACUUCCACUGUCAAACAUUUCUGUUACUGUCUGGAUUUUAAUUUCACCUGGGAAAACUUGGAGAGGCUUUUAAAGCGAGUGAACUGAAACUUAGAAUGAUCUAAUUUGGUUGAGGGAAGCAAGGAAAGAAAAAAGAAAUAAGAAAGCAUCCUUUUGAAAAAACUGAAAAAGAGAAGGUCACCAGACAAAACAAAGGAAUCAUUUGAUCUUACAUGAACACUAUCUUUUCCUGUAAAUAACUGGACGUAUGUAACUUCUUUCUUUGUCUCUCUUCAACUCACUCACUGUUUACAGGAAAUGCUAACAAGAACUUUUAGUGUUGAUACUUUAAUCUCUCUCUCUCUUUCUUUCUCCUGGCAUGUGUGUCAGGUAGCAGCAGUGCAGGUCCUGGUAGCCCUUCUGCACCGUACUGUACCGUGCCGUACUGUACCGUACUGUACUCUGGUGUUUCUAUUAACCUUUUGCAUGAGUGUAGCCUCAGUCAAGUGCAUACAUAUAGUGGCCCUGCACUACCUCUUCUUACCCAUCUUUCUGUGUGUGUGUGUGGAGGGUGAAUGUCUGUCUGCCUGUUUCUUCAUUUGGCAUUUCACUGGCAUUGCUCUCAGGACUAAGAAGUAUUUCGAUCUCCCUGUUAAAGCUUUACAUCCUGUCUGUCUGAUUAUCUAGGCUUUUUUGGCCCGGAGGAACGUUUUUAUAGUUCUUAAAACACCUGGUAGAAGAACCCCUUUUUUUGUGUUUCCACACUUCAGGAACUGAGGAUGAUCAUAGUUCUGAGAAGGUUGUUUUGAGCGACUUUGUUAGCUCCUACAUCAGGGUAGGUACUCUCCCAGCACAGUAGGAACCAGGAGUGACAAAAGUGUAUAUUGAUUGGUUGAACACUGAGCCACUGCAGCAUCGGCAACUGACCUUUUUAAAAAAUUGUGUAGCCAUGUAAACAGUUACAAGGAACAGCCAUCGCCAGUGGCACGGUGAGCUGCAGUCUGCCAACAGAAGCCUUUGCAGAAGGUUAGUGGCUCCCAGAGUCAGCGCCAGGACAGAUUACAUAAGGGGCAACAGAUUUUCAAACACAUACGCCAUCACACAUACAGUAUUAAACACAGGCAAUUGCCACAACUGGCUGCAGCACUGCAAGGUAACACUGUUGCUCAGCAAGCCUAAUCACACAGACUACUGAACAAAAGACAUCCAAAGGAACAUGGGCCACUGCAUGAAUGCAUCCACAGAGUUAACAGUAAGAGGCUGUAAAAUACAUGGACAUCAUUCAUUGCCCAUUGCAGCCUCUAGAAUUAGCCUAGAAAUAGCCUUGACUAGCAUUUAUCAGAACAAACGCAGUAAAACUACACAAGACUGAUAAAUUAAAUAUGCUAGAACACAUACAUACAGUAGUAGUUAUUUUAACCCACUGACCCCACUCAGGUCUUCACAUGGCGCUGUGACUGGUGACUCCUUGUAUACUUCACUUUGCUAAUAUAUAAUAUAACGCUAAUGUUGGUAUGUGUUAAACAUUGCAAGCCUGUUGGCUUAUCACUGACCAUCGACCAGCUUACAUCGCUUCAGCGGUCCUACUGGUGCUGCAAAUGCAAAUAGAAAAACAGCUCUGGAAGGACGCUCAGGGCAGUUCCCCAGUGGGGGAGUCCCUACAAUAGGUCCAAAAGCACCUCUCACUCUUUCUUUUCUUUAUUUUAUGGCUCUGUCCCUUUUACUAGCUGUGUAUCCAUCCAACCAUUUUUUUCUUUGCUUUUUUUUUAGAUUUUGAAUGCAAAAUACAACAUAUUUUGGUUCACUUGACAGAAACAGAUCAGUUCAGAGAUUAAUAUAUAAGCAUUUACUGGUUUUACAAUGUGCAUUUGUUGCAUCUUAGGGGAAACAAUGAAAUAUGGACAAAAUUAACAAACUUUUAAUUCUUUUUUUUUUUUUUUUUUUACAUUUCAAAGGUUAUUUUGCUCGUCCUCAUUAGGAUAAUAGAGAUUCAAAUCUUGCAAUUUAGAUUUUUCAGUAGCUAAAACAUUUGCAUAGCAUUUAUUGAUUGUUGAAUGGAAAUAUGGUUACUCCAUCUCUGUCUCUGUGUCGCUAUCUCUCUCCUUCAAACUGUCUUGGCAGUAAGAUGCCCAGAUGCCCUGGGGUGUCAUCUCAUUGUGUCGUCUAACACUCAUAUCCCAUCCCCACAUUUAAAACAACAGCAGCUGCUCUCAAACAGAUAACUGUUUGAGCAUAAAGAGCCCAGUGGUCAAAAAUGCAGAGAAAAAACACUUUCCAUUUUUGCUUUUUGCUCCAUUUUAUAUUUUUGAUGUGUUAUUUUUACUUUAGCUUUAGCUUGGAUAUAGCUUUUUGUUUGUUUUUAUAUGUACCAAUGACAUGUAAAAGGAGGAUUUGUGCAAUUUCUGUUUGUUACUGAUGUUUCCAGUUUAAUGGAAAAUAAUGAAUGAGAGAAUCUGUUGUAAUGAAAGUGAUGAUAACGCUAAUGUGAAUGAAAUGCGUGUUGUAUGAAACUAUUUCUUUAAAAACGUAACAUAACUUGAGCUAGAAUGUGUGCAAAGUCUUACAACAAAUGAGGAUACAGGAACACUGUAGUAAGUAAAUGACAUUGCAACACCAAUAAUAUGAAAAGUGAUGGUAACUCUUACAGUAUUUUUUAAAAUAGUUUGCUUCAUGUUACCAAAACCCAAGUGACAAGCAUUUGUUUAUAGUGAACCUGAUAGUUUGAAGUGUUGCAGUUGAUUUCUUCACCUCUGUCAAAUUAAACCAGACAGUGUCAAAAUCAGUAAACAGUAAACAAAAGUUGUGGCUCAGAGUUGUUUUGCUAAAUUGACACAAGAAAAAAGACACCAGAGACUCUGAUCAUGCAAAGUAAAUCAUCACCAAAUGGUUACAUUCAUAUGAUGUACAUCUUGUACACUGGAGAGUGAGCAAACAUGAUUAUUUCUAACAUUUUUACACAGUUUGAAUAUCUUACAUGCCUGUUCAUCUUUCCUUUCUCACAGUCUCCCCACACCUUGCUACUGUAGCAGAGCACCAAUUUCGGGGGACUAAAUGUCUUUGCUUAGUAGGUGCAGUCACACUCCUGCAGCCACCCACUGCAUUCAAAGCGUAGCUGGACACAUCAUUAGGACUGCAGGUCAGAAUAAGGAACUCACCGCUUCUUUAGCAGAUAUACUGGAAAACUGGAAAACUCACAUCCUCCAAGAUGUUAGUGAUCCAGGGGGUUUAUAGCUUCCUGGUUUUUCUUAAUAUUUUCUUCAUGUUAGUUCUUGGUGACCAUUUAGCAUGAAUGCCUUCAGGUGGAGACAUAUCAUUGUAUAUGAAGAUAAAAGUGACAAUUAUAGCAAAAUGCUGAAGGAAAGCUAUGCUUUACUAUUUCUUAUGUCAAUUAUGAUAACAUUGUACUCAUCAAAGUAUUUAACCUUAAUUUGUUUUAAAUGAUAUUUUAACAGUAGCAUGGCAGUGCAAGGUAGCUCUAUUUAUAUAGCACAUUUCAUAAACAGAGGCAAUUCAAAGUGCUAUAUAUAAGCAAAGAAAAGCAGUAACAACAUUAAAAGCAACAAGCACUAAAAACGGAAUAAAAUCCGUUAAGACAAAAUUAAACAUUGGUAAAAUGAGACAAAAUACAUAAAAUGAAAAG